AUGGCCGCAAGGAAGAUGAUAUUCCUCAUACAUAACUUUGGCGACUUGCACAUCGAGACUUUGGGCGAGGCAUCUUGUGAUAUCGAUCUCGAGAAGAGCUACAUUAUGGAUGCGAGCGAACAACUAGUGCAAUGGGCUCGGAGGAGUGGUUUUAGCUUCAUUGAUCUCAACGUCUUCUUCAACGCAUCAGCUUAUCUUGCAUCAUCAAAGGAAAGCAGGAGAGAAGCAAUCGCGCUGCAGCGAAAAAUGAUCACCUACAUUUGGGAUAACUAUGUCGAGCUGUUGGAUGACGACUGCAAGGUGUACUUGGUAGCGUAUGCCGGAGCAUCCUACCCUCUAUCUGAGCUCUUCCGGUCCAGAGAUCUCACUAAACGGCUGGCUGGAGUCGUUCAGAUUGUUGGGCAAUCGCAAGAACCGGCCACUCUCAAACACCAUUCCGAAGCAUAUGACUGGUUUGUCAAGAAUAGCGUAAUUUACACUGGCUUCGACCCGUCAGACAUGGCGACCUUUUCCCAGAGAGCUGGAAUUGGUAGGGCGCAGUCGUUGAGUUCAAAUGGUGGAUCGAUACGAGGCGCUUCGGUGAUGCAAAAGUGCAUCCCUCACUUGGACGAACUCAUCAAGUCAGGUCGACCAUUCGGAGCGCCCGUGCCAGAUGCCGGCGUUGCAGAUCUCUCAGGGCUCUCUAAUGGGGCCGCAAUGUACCAUAUUGGAUAA